AUGCUUUCGCAUGCCUGCAUCUGUCCGCAGCGCAACGAUCCAACUAUGCAUCCGGAGUCACCGCAACGAUUGUCUGGUGUCUUCGAGCGCUUGCUUGCCUGUCCGCUGCUCAGGCUACCUAUUCAACUUACUGGAAGGACCCAUCUCGAGACCGACCUCGCGUACGGCAUCGGAGACAUCGGCUCCACUAACUGCAUGACAAUUGGAGCCACAGCUGACACCACCAAAAGGGGUACGACUGUGGGGGUCUGUCGAACCGGCUCCAGCGAGGCCUACAUUGACGGUCAGUCUCUUGCCCAGAAACCUCUUCAAGAGACGGCAGAAUCUGCUGAGGGCAUCAUUUCAUCUGGACGUGUCAGUCAAUUUGACAUGGCAACCGGAGUCAAGUCAGCCGUGGAGACGACGUCAUCUCGCGAUUCCUCGAUCAACACCACCGUUUCAACCUCACAACCAGCAGAAGCCAUGCCAGUUUCAUUGCCAUUCUCCUCCAACUCCGGCUACAUUUCAACCAGCCCUUUCGGAGUCCAUUUGCCCAGCCAGCUCUCUUCUGCGUCGAAUAUCGCCUCAUCCAGUUUGCUUGGCUUUGGCAUAAUACCUGCUGAUCAACAUGCUUCUGCUCACUCAGCCGUGUUUGGUCCAAUCGAGGCGUCCGCCUUCUGGCGCGUCUUUUCCAGCCUGCCUUUGCUCUAUUUUUGUCGGUUUAUCCGCGGACGCAUGGCCAGCAAGGUGAGCAUUCAGGCCCAUUCGCUUUCGAUUCGUCUUCAUGCAUUAUGUGGAAUUAAUAUACUGCCAAUUCACUAUACUUGA